UCUGUCUUUUUUUUGUAGCCCUAAGAUUUUAGCUUGAGCUUGGAUUGGAGGAGAUAGAGAAAUGGGAAUGGAAGCGGAAACCUCUAAUUGAGUUGCCAUUCCCACCACCAUUUCCCAUGGCCUCUGUUUGGACACUGCACUUUCGCUCGCUUUCUCUUCGUCCAUGCCUCUACAUUAGUCGCAGUAACAGUAGCACUGCCACUAGAAAUCGCAUUAGCAUCAGAAAUGGAAUCUCCAAUUGGCGCUCUGGCACCCAACAACUCAAACACGAUUCCAUCAAUUCCAUUACCAAAUUUCACCAUCAACUCGUUAAUUCCGUCGCCAUUCCUCCCUUUCUGUUGAAUCGAAACGGUGGAGGCAAUUUUCCUAUUUGGGUAUGUGUUGCGGUUGUGGUUUUGGUUGUAGCGGUGAGAGUGAGGGUAGUUUCCAGAAAAAAGGAGCGUCCUGGUUCCGUGGCUGAUCUAGUAAGACGUGGCCAACUUAGAUCUGAUAGAAGAGGCAUUUCGAGGCCUCUCAAGUAUGAAGACCCCUUCAAUAAUCCCUUCGUCAAGGUUGGUAAAAGUGACUCAACUGUUGAGAUGUGCGGAAAGGUUUACCGUUUAGCCCCUGUUACUCUUACUCAAGAGCAACAGGCUACUCACCAGAAGAGGAGAUUGCGGGCCUACCAGUGGAAGCGACCCACCAUCUUCCUUAGAGAAGGGGACUUGGUUCCUCCGGAUGUUGAUCCUGACACUGUCAGGUGGAUUCCAGCUAAUCAUCCCUUUGCUACCACUGCCACUGAUUUGGAUGAGGACUUGGCACAAAACAAUGUGUAUCAAAAGCAUGGAGUUCCUUUUCGGAUUCAAGCCGAACACGAGGCCCUGCAGAAAAAGCUCGAAGCCCUACAAAAUGACCAGAAACUGAAUAAACUAGUGAUAGAUCCUAUCAAUGCUAAAGAAUUUGAGAGGCCAUUCAACUCCCACGCCAGAUUAAAUGAUCAAGCAGAUAAGAGCUCUGUAAACAAUCAGGAGCAGAAACACAAUAAACUAGUGAUAGAUCUUAUUGAUGCUAAAGAAAUUGAGAGACCAUUCAACUCCGACACCAGAUUAAAUGAUCAAGCCGAAAAGAGCUCUGUAAACAAUCAGGCGAGUGCUUCUGACUCCCCAAGAGUAGAUAGUGGCCCAAAUCACUUUGAUAGUACAUCAUCAGAAGAUUCAAGUUAAAAGUGCUGUGAGGCGGGCUAUAAAUCUCCAGUAACACUAAAAAUAUAGAUUUGAAUUUGCUCAAAAUUUUUGUACUAUUCGUCUUGGAGUCUUAGAACUUUCGAAUUGUAUAGGUGAGGACUGUAAAUAUAAUUUUAUUGCUGCUUAUUGUUAUGUUGUUACUCAGAUUUCACCGAACAUGUCUUUUUUUUUUUUUUGCGGGGAAUUGUACAAUUCCUCCUGCCCCCGAACCCAAUUUAUCCAUAAUGCAAUUUGAUUGUUCAUAAAAACUCGAUUAAA